GCCGGGAUUUACCGACUGUUGGAAUUACUGAGGCAUCGAUAAGCAACUCGUUUUCACUCUCGUCAGUACCUAAAAAAAAAGCUGUAAGCAUGCCUCCGAAGUUGCACAAGCGGGCUUCUACAUCGCAAAAUACACCGACGGCAAAGCGCAAAAGUAAUCAGAAGAAAGCACCUCCGAAUGUCUCAUGGCCUAGUCGGCUUAGCGAGCUCGAUGGAAGCCGUCUGAACGAGGUGACUAGACAACUGCUUACGGGGUGUUUGGAAACCACGAGACCUCCGCCGGUCAACUUACCGAUACUCAUUAAAAACAGCAACUCUUUUCCGCUAAAGUUCCCCAUCAACACUGUGCGCAAUUCAGAACUUCAGAAGCGAAUCCCGAAAGCGACUCUUGAGCGUCACGCCAACUCGGUCUAUCCCUUAAUUCAUGAAGACAUGCUGCCACUUAUUGCCGACUGGUUGAAACAUAAGCGGGAAAAAGGAAGCGCAGUCGAAAAAAAACUCUACGAAAAUGUGGGACUGAUUGAGCUGGUACAACGACUCCUCGAGCGCAGAGCAGUCUGCUUCAUGAGUCGGAAGGACAAGUUCAAGACCCUCGAGGUGGAGCUGGGAUUCGGCGGGUGGGAGCAAAUCGGUACAGACAAGGAAUUACUCCCUUUGGUAUUAGAAAAAUACCUCUCCUAUGAUGAGGUCAAGUUGUCAGCAAUGCUAACGAUGUCAUCGCAUACGGAGUUCAUCAAUGAUGGAUCGCGAAAUAACAAGGGAAUCUUGGCAAAUGAUCCCGGUGAAGUUGAGCCAAGGGGCGUUAUUGUAGGCGUAGUGGGUUCAAGGUUCCAAAGACCCGGUUUCAUGGAGUACCAAGAUAUUGCAGUUGCGCCAGAUCAAAACACUGUUGAAAACGGAUACGGCGCCACUCCUCCGUCACAAAGCAAGGACUCCGCUGAUCUUCAGGAUCUACGCCGAGUCUGGGCUCAAUUUUACGGAGAGUCCCAUUUGCCUCUUUAUGAAGAGGUUGCUGAGCGGCUUCAAAGGACACGAACGGACCCGAAGUAUGUCUCUGUCGGACGGAAGUACAUUUUCGACGCGGAAAAUUACCUCAAACGGACAAUUAUCACCGCCGAAAUUAUUCUGCUAGAGGCAAACGCACGUGCCAGUGAACUUGAAACUACUGCCUACAUUCACGUCGUUGGAUUCGGUCUAGGCGUCUGGAAGGCCUUACCCGAGCAAGAAGUUUACUUUAUGAAGGCUUUCGAAAUUGCAAUGAAGAGAUUGAUGAAAAAGAUUCCUCUUGUCAGCGACGUGAUGUUUGCCUACUUGAAGAACGAAACUGACUGCGGUGGAGUGGAAAACGGCGGCGACUUUGGUCACAUAAAGAUCCACUUUGGGAAGCGAGAACCACACACAGUUAUCAACGAGGAGAAACUAAUCGUUGUAACCUACGCCUGGGAUGGAAACGCUUUGCCAGGGAACGAAUUCUGGAUGGGAAAGUUAGCCACAAGUGGAGAUCCCGCCGCCGCGUGUAGCACCCAAAUCGCAGAACUCCACAACGUCAGUAUUAAUCCGGUCGCUUCUGCGGCUAAUCUUCAUAUUGCUUCGAUGGAAUUUGGAAUCCAACAUGUCGCUGAUUACGCUAAACUGAGACUGGCUAAUGCCAGUGAGUAACCAAUGCGAUUCAACAUGAGCACAGUUACGAUAAGGACCGAUAUGAUAG